AUGCCUGCGUUACCAGGCAUGGGUCACGAAUUCAAGGGAGAAAGUGGUAUAACCAUGGUGAUUGAGAACUCCCAAUCAUCUCCACCCCCACCAGCUGCAGUUCUCACAGAAGCAAAAGCAUCGACACCCUUGCGAGGGCGUGAGAUGAAAAUACGUGAAAAUAAGAAAGAGCGGAUGAAAAAGAAACGUGACGCCUUGAUGGUAGCUGCAACGUUGAUUGCAGGAAUGGGUUUCCAAAGUGCGCUUAAUCCUCCCGGUGGUGUUUGGGAUGAUGAUAAAAACUCCGGUGGGGGUAAGAUGUCAGCUGGAACCUCCAUAAUGGCCCACUACUAUCCAGAAGACUACCAACUGUUCAUGGCAUGCAACGCGGUGUGUUUCUUUGCUUCGCUAAGGAUAGUCUUUCUGGUCGUAAGUGGGGUACCUUUCGUGAGGAAAAGGAUCUUGGUGUGGCUUCUAAUGAUUAUCAUGUGGAUAACAUUAACAGGCAUGGCACUCACCUACUUGGUUUCUAUGGUGAUCAUUUCACCCACAAAGGAUGACAGCGAAGCCACGUCACUGAGAAAUAAGUUGCCUGAUAUCAGUAUAUCACUAGUGUGUUUUGGUAUUCGGGUUUUAAUAGAGGAUCUAAUCUUCAUACAGAGAUAUGUAGCAGAAAGUGAUCCAAGAAGUGUGAAGCACUCAACCUAG